ACACACGCUCCCUCACUUUUCGUGGGAGAAAGUAAGAAGGGGGAGAGAGAAAGAGAAAGGAGAGAGAGUGAUUUCAGGUCUCUGCUCUCUCCACUGUGGGUACUCAUAUCCACUCCGCUGACCCAAUGGAGCUUUAGCACUAGGGAUAUAAAAUCAAUAUUUAUUGCCCGUACCCCUUUUACUAUUUAAAAUUUGUACAUAGCAUAGGUAGAUAUAGGUCACUUAUUAAAGAAGCGUUAAAGAGAGGUAAAAGACGUCUCCAGAGGCGAAUCUUUUUCUUCUUUUUUUUGCCUCACAGAAGGUCCAGUCGAAACUCUCUUCGACUGACUUUCUGUGAGAGAGGAUAUCUAAUUUGAACAUAUCCUACCUUAUAGUCCAGCGUCAAACAACUAAAAAACUAUGGAUAUUCGAGAUUGCCCCUUUCGGAAGAAGCGGAGACCAUGGCGCUUGGACUUUUCCUCUUUUGCCUUGGUAACCCUGGUGCUCGCGCUGUGCCAACUACCCGUGGCUCGGGCAGAUCCAGUGGAUGUGUUGCGGAUGCUGCAGCUGCCCUCUCUCCCCGAAGGGGUGCGGAAGGUUCCAGGCUUCUGCACCUCCCGCCGUGCCGGCACCGCUGACCACGCCUACCGCAUCACCAAGAAGGCCCAGAUCUCUGCCCCCACCAAUCAGCUCUUCUCAGGUCGUUUCCCGGAGAACUUCUCCAUCAUGGCUCUGGUCAAGGCCCAUGCGGGCCUCCAGGCCUUCCUGUUAUCCAUCUACAGUGAGCAGGGUGUCCAGCAGCUGGGUGUGGAGCUGGGACGCUCCCCCGUCUUCCUGUACGAGGACCAGACCGGCAAGCCCGCCCCCGAGGACUACCCCCUCUUCAGCGGCGUCAACCUGGCCGACGGCAAGUGGCACCGCAUCGCUAUCUCCGUGUCGAAGAAGAACGUCACCCUGCUCCUGGACUGUAAGAAGCGCAUGACCAGGGCCCUGCCUCGCAGCAACAGCCCCGUGGUGGAUACCAAGGGCAUCACCGUGUUCGGAGCACGCCUGCUGGACGAUGAGGUCUUCCAGGGCGAUAUCCAGCAGCUGCUGAUUGCAUCCAACCCUCAGGCUGCUUAUGACUUCUGUGAACACUACAGCCCCGACUGUGACUCCCCCCUACCCAAGACCCAGUCCCAGGACCCCAACACAUACAAGGGUGCCAAUGGCAAUGCUGACAAACGCAAACCUGUGGUAGUUAAGGCAGACAAACCUAUAGUCGUUAAGGCGGACAAACCUAUAGUCGUUAAGGCAGACAAACCUAUAGUCGUUAAGGCGGCCAAACCUAUCGUCGUUAAGGCGGCCAAACCUAUCGUCGUUAAGGCAGAAAAACCUGUAGUUGUUAAGGCGGACAAACCUAUAGUCGUUAAGGCUCCCAAACCUGUAGUAGUUAAGUCGGCAAAACCUGCCUCAUCCAAACCUGCGAAAGCAGAGCAUGCCAAGCUUGAGGCCACAGCCAAACCAACUAAAGCCGUACCUGCUGCCACCAAGCCCACCAAAGCCGAGCUUUACCCGGCCAAACCAGCCAAAGCCAAACCUACUGCAAUUGAAGUCCUCCUGAACAAGAUCAAACCCAGUACAGUCACACCAGUGGCCAAGCCCACACCUGCUGCGAAAAAGGGCGAAAAAAAAGUUAAUGGCAAGCCUAUAGUUGAGAAGAGAGUAAAUGGUGAGGCCAAAAUCAAUGGCAAUGCCAAACCUAUAAUUGAGAAGAAAGUAAAUAGUAAUUCCAAGGUCAAUGACAAACCUGUAGUUGAGAAGAAAGUAAAUGGUGAGGCCAAAGUUAAUGGCAAUGGUAAAACCGCUGAGGAUAAGAAAGUGAGUGGUAAUGGCAAAAGCGGCAGUGACAAAAAAGCUAAUGGCAAUACAGAAGCAGCAAAACCUGAAACCACUAAAGCCCAGCCAAAAAAAGAAGUCACUAAAGUUAAAGUAGAAAAAACUGUGGUCAGCAAAGUGAAACCAGCAAAAGCAGAAACCAAAGUAGUGGUAGCAAAAACCGAAGUCAAAGUUAAAGUAGUAAAAACCGAGGUCACAAAGGUUAAGGAAGCGAAAACUGAGAUCACUAAAGUCAAACCAAGAGAGUCAGUUGUCAUCAAAGUUCCUCCCUUCCUCAAACCUGCACCGAAGAAAGAGCUGCCAAGCCCAGAACCUGCUUCCCCUAAGCCAGAGAGAACCAAGGUGGUGCUUGAUGUAAAUAACGUCAAAUCGAUGACCCAAAAAAUGCCUCCCUUCGGCAAGACUGCAUACAGUGGCACCGUCAUCCCUGUGCCGGAAAAACCAAAGAAGAAAACGGGCAACGGUUAUCAACAGGAUGUAGAAACUGCAAAUUCUGAGGCUGGCCACACCCCUACAGAGACGGAUUAUUAUUACGAGGAGGCGGUCCUACAGCCAGAGAGUGAGGUGAUUGGACAAGAAGGGACCACUGGCCAGGUGGAGGAGACGUUGGUGGCAGAGGAGGUAGAUUUGGCCAAGGCAGGUGGUGAGGCUGAGGCCUUUACUGAGGAGUAUGUGACUGGAGACCUGGGCAUGAAGGAAUACGACUAUUCCUACAAGGACUACAACGAGCCUCUGCCCGAAGGAGAGACUGACGGCUACAUGGGCCCCGCCCUGUCCGCUGUGACAGACGAGGGAGGCGCCUCAGUGAGUGCCGUAAAAGGAGAGAAGGGAGAGCCUGCUGUCCUUGAGCCUGGUAUGUUGAUUGAGGGACCUCCAGGACCAGAGGGACCAGCAGGUCUCCCCGGACCUAAUGGCCCAUCUGGCCCUCCUGGCUCUGUUGGUGAUCCUGGCGAGAGGGGAAUCCCUGGAAAGGCUGGUAUCCCUGGUGCCGAUGGCAUCCCUGGCCCCCCCGGAACGUCUGUCAUGCUGCCCUUCCGUUUUGGAAGCAGUGGAGGAGACAAGGGUCCCAUGGUCUCAGCACAGGAAGCCCAGGCUCAGGCCAUUCUGUCUCAGGCCAGGCUGGCUCUGAAGGGACCACCUGGACCAAUGGGCUACACUGGACGCACAGGACCUCUGGGUACCCCUGGAAGUUCUGGUCUGAAGGGUGAGAGUGGGGAUCCUGGACCUCAGGGCCCCAGAGGACCACAGGGUUUGAGCGGACCUCCCGGCAAAUCAGGAAGAAGAGGUCGUGCUGGAGCUGAUGGCGCCAGAGGCAUGCCAGGAGAGGGCGGGCCUAAGGGUGACCGUGGUUUUGACGGCCUGCCUGGAUUGCCCGGAGACAAAGGACACAGGGGUGAUACUGGAGGAUUGGGACCCCUAGGAGGUCCUGGAGAGGACGGAGAGAGGGGAGACGAUGGAGACAUCGGACCCAGAGGACUUCCAGGUGAACCCGGACCUCGUGGUUUGCUCGGGCCUAAAGGUCCGAACGGAAUCCCCGGCCCUCCUGGUGUGCGUGGAAACGACGGUCCCCACGGUCCUAAAGGAAACCUGGGUCCCCAAGGAGAGCCAGGGCCCCCAGGGCAGCAGGGUACCUCAGGAACACAGGGGAUGCCAGGGCCACAGGGAGCCCACGGCCCCCCAGGAGAUAAGGGCCCCACAGGAAAACCUGGUCUGCCAGGAAUGCCCGGAGCCGACGGCCCCCCUGGUCACCCAGGAAAGGAGGGACCUGUUGGCACCAAAGGAAACCAGGGUCCCAACGGUCCUCAGGGAACUAUUGGCUAUCCUGGCCCUCGUGGCAUUAAGGGAACUCAAGGUAUCCGUGGACUGAAGGGUCACAAAGGAGAGAAGGGAGAAGAUGGCUUCCCAGGAAUUAAAGGAGACUUUGGUGUCAAGGGGGAGAGAGGAGAGGGUGGAGUACCCGGCCCCAGAGGAGAGGACGGUUCUGAGGGGCCAAAGGGUCGUGUUGGGCCCCCUGGCGAGCUCGGGCCCAUUGGUCUGGUUGGAGAGAAGGGUAAACUUGGUGUUCCUGGACUUCCUGGCUAUCCUGGAAGACUUGGACCUAAGGGCUCCCUCGGUUUCCCAGGAUUCCCAGGAACCAACGGCGAGAAGGGAACAAGGGGUCUGAUUGGAAAGUCUGGACCUAGAGGACAAAGAGGACCAACGGGCCCCAGAGGUCAGAGAGGGCCAAGAGGGUCUACUGGGAAACCAGGAGCCAAGGGUACAUCAGGAAGUGACGGCCCAUCUGGUCCACCAGGAGAGAGGGGACUGCCUGGACCUCAAGGAGCAAACGGUUUCCCGGGGCCAAAGGGACCUCCCGGACCACCAGGAAAGGAUGGACUGCCUGGACACCCUGGACAGAGAGGAGAAGUUGGAUUCCAAGGAAAGACUGGGCCACCCGGGCCUCCAGGUGUUGUUGGACCUCAGGGUCCCUCAGGAGAGACUGGCCCCCUGGGCGAGCGCGGUCACCCCGGGCCUCCAGGACCACCAGGCGAGCAGGGACUCUCCGGACCAUCUGGCAAGGAGGGAACGAAGGGAGAUCCUGGUCCCCCAGGCGGCCCCGGGAAAGACGGCCCCUCAGGACUGAGAGGCUUCCCCGGAGAGAGAGGAAUGCCUGGCACCCCGGGAGGUGGCGGACUGAAAGGAAGUGAAGGCCCAGCAGGACCUCCCGGAACAGCUGGAUCCCCAGGUGAGAGAGGACAGGCAGGCAGCGGAGGUCCCAUCGGACCCCCAGGAAGACCCGGCCCCCAGGGGCCUCCAGGACCAUCAGGAGAGAAGGGAGUGCCUGGUGAGAAAGGUCCGAUCGGCCCAGCUGGGCGUGACGGUGUCCAGGGCCCAGUGGGUCUGCCAGGUGCAGCCGGUUCCAUCGGAGUUCCAGGAGAGGACGGGGACAAGGGUGAGGUUGGAGAGCACGGCCAGAAGGGAGCGAAGGGCGGCAAAGGAGAGCAUGGUCCUCCCGGUCCACCAGGGCCAAUGGGUCCACUCGGUCAACCUGGCGCUGCUGGAGCUGAUGGAGAACUAGGAGCCAGAGGUCAGCAGGGGCCAUUUGGAACCAAGGGAGAUGAAGGAUCAAGAGGAUUCCCAGGGGCCCCAGGUCCUAUUGGACUGCAGGGAUUGCCAGGCCCAUCAGGAGAGAAGGGAGAGACUGGAGAUGUCGGACCAUUGGGUCCACCUGGCCCCCCAGGACCCCGUGGCCCUGCUGGUCCCAGCGGUGCGGACGGUCCUCAAGGUCCUCCUGGGGGUCUGGGUAACCCUGGAAACCUGGGAGAUAAGGGAGAGCCUGGUGAAGCUGGACCACCUGGAAUCGGAGGAGAGCCAGGAAAGAAGGGCCCACGUGGAGAGCACGGUGACAAGGGAGAGGCGGGACAACCUGGUGCUUCUGGCCCUGCUGGUGGAAGAGGAGGCCCUGGAGACGACGGACCCAAAGGAAACCCUGGCCCUGUUGGUUUCCCUGGCGACCCCGGUCCCCCUGGUGAACUCGGUCCCAGAGGUCAAGAUGGAGCAAAGGGAGAGAGAGGAGAGGACGGCGAACAAGGACAAGCUGGAUCUCCAGGACCCACUGGUGAGAAUGGACCUCCUGGUGGACCUGGAAAGAGGGGUCUUGCUGGAACGAGAGGACCAGAGGGACGACAAGGAGAGAAGGGAACUAAGGGAGACCCAGGUGCUAACGGACCUCCAGGAAAGACAGGCCCCGUCGGACCUCAGGGUCAACCAGGGAAACCAGGAACGGAGGGUCUGAGAGGACUCCCUGGAUCAGUGGGCGAACAAGGUUCUCCAGGCCUUGCCGGCCAGAAGGGACCUCCCGGACCACUGGGACCACCAGGCUUGCCAGGACUGCGCGGUGAGGGCGGUGACAAGGGAGAGAAGGGCCACUCAGGUCUGAUUGGUCUGAUUGGGCCCCCCGGAGAGCAGGGAGAGAAGGGAGACAGGGGACUGCCAGGGCCACAGGGGACAAACGGGUACAAGGGAGAGACUGGUGUCUCUGGAGGCACUGGGCCUAUCGGUCCUGGUGGGCCUGCUGGCAUGCCUGGUCCCCAAGGUGUCAAGGGAGCUAAGGGUGCUACAGGAGGAUCUGGUCCCAAGGGAGAGAAGGGUGUCUCAGGACCCCCCGGGCCUCCAGGUCCUCCAGGCGAUGUCAUCCAGCCGCUGCCCAUCCAAAUCUCCAAGAAGUCCAAGCGCUCCAUCGAUGCCAGCCGGAUGCUGUCCGAGACAGACGCAGAAGCGGUCGCAGCUGACGCCACCGGCACAGAGUUCCUGACAGGCAGUGAGGGCAUGGAGGAGAUCUUCGGCUCACUGAACUCGCUGCGACAGGAGAUCGAGACCAUGCGCUUCCCUCUGGGCACCAAGGACAGCCCUGCACGCACCUGCCAGGACCUGAAACUCGGCCAGCCAGAGCUCAAAGACGGAGAGUACUGGAUCGACCCGAACCAGGGUUGCUCUCGCGACUCUCUCAAGGUGUUCUGUAACUUCACCGCCGGUGGGGAGACCUGCCUGUACCCCAGCAAGAGCGUGGACACGGUAAAGCUCAGCUCUUGGACCACAGAGAAACCAGGCUCCUGGUACAGUGAGUUUGCAACUGGCAGCAAGCUCUCGUACGUGGACUCUAAUGGCGAGCCGAUCGGCGUGGUUCAGUUGGGCUUCCUGCGGCUGCUGAGUGUCCAGGCCCGCCAAAACCUCACCUACCACUGCCAUCGCUCCGUGGCCUGGGCCGACCGCACGGCCAAUAACGGCCACAAGAGGGCGCUACACUUCCAAGGCGCCAACGAUGAGGACCUUAGCUACGAGACCAGCCCAUACAUCAAGGCCCUGGUCGACGGCUGUUCUUAUCGUAAGGGCUUCGACAGGACAGUGGUGGAGGUGAACACACCCCAGGUUGAGCAGCUUCCUCUGCGGGACCUCAAGAUCACAGACUUUGGGGAGAGCAACCAGAAAUUUGGCUUUGAAGUGGGACCUGUCUGUUUCCUGGGCUAAAACACCGUGCAGAGAAAUGAGAAACACCUACACAUACAAAAUAUACACUUACACUGAUGAACACACAUACACUUAACACAAACAUACCAAUAUACAGUACAUGUCCAGUAAUUUGUAAAUGUAUUUCAUGAUAUCAAGCUCAUUCCUGACCACACACACACACACACACACACACACACACACACACACACACACACACACACACACACACACACACACACACACACACACACACACACACACACACACACACACACACACACACACAGUUGUGAAACAGACAUGCACUCACUCAAGUACAUGCCCAGGGGAAAACAUCUCCCAAAUAGAAAUGGACAACAAGAGAAAAGUAGAACACAAACAUUCUCACGAAGAGGAGACCAAAGAUCGAUUGCGAGAACGAGAGAUAGAGUUCUGACCGUUAGCAGAAUAAAACCGUGUUCUUAUCCAACGAACAGCUGGCCCAAAGAGCCUUCUCCUCCUUCCGUACACGCCAGAGCCCACCGUCGCGGACCCCCCUCUCACUCCUCUCUUCUUCCCGCUGUCUCUCUUUCCAGUUGUCUCACCCACUCUACCUCUCUGCAUUGCCUUCCCCACACACUUGUACAUCUACUGCGUCUAAGCCCCGCCCCAUCCUACGCUUCACUUCCUGCCUCACCACAUUAAGGGGAAACCAAUGAAUGAAUAGGAGUUCCACGAAGAGCAUGGAGGACCGGAAAACAGCCGAGCCUGUAGCUAACCAGGCCCGACGAAACAGAGACGUCCAUGUUGUCUAGCUAAGUUAAUUUUCUAUUCAUCUCCACAGUGAAAUUCUGUACCAAACAACUAUAUCAGCCUAUAGUUAUCCUAAAGCUGGUCAAAUAUAAUAGAGGCGGGUGAAUAGAAACUUUACGGUGCUUUGUGGAGAUGGAGUGGAAGUAAAGCUGUGAGAUCUCUAGUUUUAUCGCGGCUUUAACCUAAGAUGUGACUAUGAACAUCUCUUUGCUCAGUACUGUCAUAAUAAAGUCCUAACAGCAAUGUACUGUCUCUGAACUGUAUGGCUGUUUAUUACUGGGCCAAUAAUGUUGCAUGCAAUGGGACGGAACGGUGUCUUUGCCUUCUCCAAGGACCAAUGAAUCAAAAGCCAUUAACCUUGUAAAUUGUACUGAACUUGAUGUAUGGUACAUGUAUUAUUAAUCAUUGUUACAACUGUCAUACACAGGCCAGAACUAUAGUUCCUAGACCAGCGAAUAGGCCAGAAUGCCAUCAAACCAGUCCAGUAUUUACAGGUGUGAUGCCUGGAAUUUGAUUCUUGUUUCAUGUAGAACAUAGGGUUACAUACCAGGAUUUGUGACAUUCCGUCUCUUUUCAAGCAGGGAAGGUAUCAGGGUUAAAUAUGUGUAUGAGCUUAAUAGGUGACGGCCAAAGGUUCUCUCUUACAACAGUGAAUAAAUGCAUGCUUUCAAAAACUGUGGCAAGGUGCUAAUUAUACCAAAGCGUUAAUAUAUUCAGCGUGAAUAAUUCAAGUUUGUCUCCAUCACAGCCACAUGAUGCUGUCACCAGUUCUUACUGGAAAUGUGCAUUAGAAUCCAUUUGUACAGACAUAGUGAAAUUCUAUUGUAUUUAUUGAAAUCAAACAAGGUGCUUCAAACAACGACAAGCCAAAUAUGCCAGUCGAAUGUGGUAUUUCAUUUUGUAUUUAUUUCCUGUAGUUCUCACUUGACGGUUAAAACAAUUAAAUACAUAUUAAACAAACACUAACCCGAGUUAUCUGUGCCCAAUCCCCUUGGUCUAUCUAUGCAUGUCAACAGUUCUGGUGAAAAAGAAAACAUGUCAUUUGUGGCCAUAUCUCAUUGUAACCCUUUAGCAUUCAUCUACUGUGCUGUUACCAUUAAAUGGGGACUCUCCAAUGCUGUCACAUUUCAUUGCGGUUUGCCAAUGCUGAGCUGCGCUGUGCUGCAGGAGUAGGGCGUGGGCGACAAACAGACACCGGGAUUCUACGGUUGUGAGAACACAGUGGGCAGGGGACAGCUAGCGGGAGGGAGGGAAAAUUCUAGCAAACACCUGGGGAAGAAUUACUACAAUUUUUUUUAUAAGUAAGUAAUGUGGCUAUGGGGUUGAAUAUCAUUAUGGGUAUUUUGGUUUGUUUUUCUUUUGAUAUUGCAGAGAAGGGGGGAUUGACCUAAACUAAACCAGAGGUGAAAAAAUUAUUACCUUGUGAUUCUCGAGAGAAAAAUCGCAUCUAUUGGUUAGUUUUAUUGUUAAAGACAAAUGUUUCAACAAAAUAUGGUGCUGAAAAGAGAAAAAGUAUUAUUUUAUGUAAGUAUUUUUUUUUUUUUUAAAUGUUUGUUUCUGUAAUAUAUAAUCUUUUUAAAAAGAGCUGCUCGACUCCCUUGUUAUUUUUUCUUAGUCCCUCUCCUGUUUCAUUCUCUCACCUGGCUGGUGCUGCAUGUUGCCCGGGGCUACACAAUAGCUAGUAUUUUUUCAAUUUGAUUCCUCUCGUCUUGCUGCAUACAGCGGCUCAGACAGCUGAAUACAACCACAUCAUUCACAAAUCUCCAGUUAACUUUUACCACCUGUGUGUUAACACAGAAUCAGUCACAUCCCAACCUUAUUUCCACUAUUUAUCACCUCAACACCCCAAUAUAUCACUUCUAGUGUUUUCACUCCAGUUUGAUUCUGAUCUAUGGCUGCCUCCCUCUCCUUCCACAGUCCACUGCUCUCUUUCAUUUGUGUUUAAUUUUUUUGACAAGUUUUCUGUUGGUUUUUGUUUUGCUUUAGUUUCACUGUCUUGGUUUGUUCUUGGCUUGUUGUUUUCUGUUCGAAGUCUCCAAUUAAACCACAUGCCAACGCA